AUGUCUAAAAAAGUGAUUGACGCAUUUAACAUGAUGGUUGUCUCAAAAUAUUUUAUUACAAUUGCGGAUUUCAUUAAUUUGGAAUUGGUUUGUAAGAAGUUUACAGGAAAUAUGACACGUUUUCAUUUCAAUCCAAUUUCCCUCACAACUUCCACUCGUCGCUUUUUCCCACAUUUACAAACAAUUUGUUUAUACACACCCGAUGAUGAAAUUUUUGAUGAUGAUGAAGUCGAACAGCGCUCUGUGCAAUACUAUGUGAAUUACACAACAACCAAAGCACAACGAAACACAAAAAUACACUACCCAUUUAUUGAGUUUAACUCACAUGACGCAAACACAAAUGAUGAAAUUCCAGAAAUAGUUGGUCGCAUUUCAAACAAUACUUUUUGUGAUAAAUAUAUAUCAUCCUGUGUGAUCCCCAGUCGUGUGGUUACUAUAGGAAACUCGGCCUUCUGUGGGUGUGGAAAUUUGAGUUGUGUAACUUUCCCUUCACACCUUAAGGAAAUUAACAAUAAAGCGUUUUACCAUUGCUUUAAACUUAAGAGUCUUGAACUUCCAAUAUGUGUCUCUUAUAUUGGUGAAUUUGCCUUUGAGAUGUGUACUUCAUUAAGAGAAGUCACUCUUCCUUGUUACUUAGAAGUUGUUGAAGCUUGCUGUUUUUCAAUUUGUGGCAGUCUCAGUAAAGUUGUAUUUCCAUCCGAUUUAAAAAAAAUUGAACACAACGCGUUUGAAUCGUGCACACAACUUAAACACCUCAACUUUCCUGAAAGUGUCAAUUUCAUUGGGGAGAGAGCAUUUUAUUUGUGCGUCUCAUUAGAAAGUAUUAACAUCCCAAGUAAUGCGACUUGCUCAUUGAAUUGUUUUCAAAUGUGUUCAAAACUGGCAAAUGUGCAGAACUUGGAAGCCGUAAAAGAUUUGAAAAUGGUUUUCAUGGGGUGUCCAAAUAUUUAUAAUGAACAAGCGUUAUUAUUAGAACAAGGAGAAGCACAGAGAACACAAGAAAAUUACGAAAAAGAUAUAAAGAAAACAAAAAUUAAUUGUUUCAUUGCAUAA